AAGAGGGACCAGCCCUCGGACUAAGCACGUCAGUUCUCUUCAGCAAACACUGCAAGGUACAAGGAUGGCACUCGAACGUCAAGUGCGCGCCAAGAUCGCUGCAAAGCGUAACCCAGAACAGGAAAAGGAAGCCCAAGAAUGGAUAGAGUCUAUUUUGGGUAAGAAGUUCCCACCUGGUGAGACCUUUGAAGAUGUCCUCAAGGAUGGACAAGUGCUGUGCGCGCUGAUGAACAAGAUCUCCCCUGGAUCCGUUCCCAAGAUCAACUCCAGUGGUGGUCAGUUCAAGAUGAUGGAGAACAUCAACAUGUUCCAGAAGGCUUUGAAGGAUUACGGUGUAGAUGACGUUGAUGUGUUCCAAACAGUCGAUUUGUGGGAGAAGAAAGACAUUGCACAGGUGGUGGUGACUCUCUUUGCUCUUGGUCGUACGACGUACAAGCACCCAGAGUGGAAGGGACCCUACCUAGGACCCAAGCCGGCUGAAGAAUGCAAACGUGAGUUCACUGAAGAACAAUUGCGUGCUGGAGAGUCUGUGAUCGGUCUCCAGGCUGGAUCCAACAAGGGUGCCACCCAAUCAGGCCAGAGCAUUGGUGCUACUCGCAAGAUUCUUCUAGGAAAGUGAACCCGCCCAAUCAACUCUUUUAGACCCGAGAAAAUUUGUAUUUUGUAUG